AUGUCUACUGACACACAACUACAAAAUUUGCUUGGUCUUGAACAGAAUAUCGAUGAUGAUGUCUUGACAAACUUCCAGGAUUGCUUAAACAAACUACAUCAUAGUGAAGACAAGGAGAACAACAACAUAUUAAUGACACAAAUAAUCGAUAAGUUGAACAAAUUUCUUGAAGAAAACUUGACCGUGUUACAAACAAUUAACAGAGAUAGACGAACUAAAUUUUCUGAUUCUAUUUUGGAUCAGAUUGCUUCAAUUAAACAAUAUGGUAUAGAUGAAGAAAGAUGGACUAAGCUCAAAGAACUUAUUUCUGUAUGUCGGUUUGAUUUGGAUAAACAACCGCUUUCAUUCGUUAUAAAAGGAGUAGAUUGCUUGAAUUCUAUAAGCGAAUGUGAAACAAAACAUUUGGAUUUAAUUCAACACCUCAAUAUUGAUGAAAUUCUUGUUGAACAAUACAGAACAAUAAGAGAUGGUCACAAACAUCCGUUAGUUAUUAUAUGUUUAGGGCUAACAAGUAAAACUGGUAGUUUCAUAAACUUUCUCGAACAUGAAAUUAUAAUGGCCGAAAAUAGUCAAGAAUCAACAGUAACCAAAAUAUCAAAUGGAAAGAAAACUCGAACAACUAAUAAUGAAGAAGUGCCAGUAGAAAUAAAUGAAAUAAUAACAGAAGAAAUCACAGUUAAAAUUCUAAAAGAUAUUGAAUUAUGGAAUAUUCCACUUUUUGACGAAGAAGAUAUGAAAAUAGACGAGAUAUUGGAUAAUGCAGAUCUUAUCUUUUUAUCAAUUUCACACGAUGAUUUUGGUGCCGCAGCAGAUUUUCUAAAAUCUCGUUUGAAAACUACUAUGGACAAUAUUGUGUGUUUACUCGAUAUAUCCCAUAGUGGUGGUAUUGAUGAAACAGCAACAUUGAAACAAUUCCAGAUUGAAUUCGGUGAUAAUUUGAAUAUCAUAGCAAUUGAUCAAAAUUGUUCAAGAAUUCGUCAAAAAUGUAUUGAACAAUCAGCCAGAUGGCUUCAAAUAAAUACUCAAACUAUCGUAGAACUUCGUUUAAAUUAUUUACUGUCAACAUUGCAUGAAUUGUUAGAUUAUAAUAAUAUUGAUCGUACACUUGGACAUUAUCAUCAAGUUAAUAGAAUUUUUAAUCGAUAUUAUUCAUUAUUUAUCUCUAGUUUUCUUAAUUUAUUUAAAGAACAAAUGGAUGAUGCUUUCAAUGAAAUCAUGAAUGAUGAUGUUAAUAAUAUAUUAACUGAAUGCAACUCACAUUUGGAUAAUAAAGAUGUUUUAGUAGAAGAUAUUGAAGAACUGAUUGUUAAUAAAAUUGUUGAUAAAUACAAAUAUAUUCUCAACAGGAAGGAACAACAAAUUCAAGAAAAAAUUAUUAUAUUGUUUCAGAAAUUUUCUUCGUCUCUAAAAUUUAGUCCACCGGAAGAGCAAAUCAUAGAACAAGUGAUUCUAGAAGAAGUAAUGAAUCCUUACAAGAUGGGAGUUGGAAAAUGUGAUAAUUUUUCUAAAGUAAGAGGAUUGAAUGGCUUUUUGUUUGCCAAUAUUUUACUACAAGAAAUUUUGUCUGAUUGGUCAUUAGUUUGUAAUUUUGGAACUUUUGAAGGUAUCGACAAUUUCAUAGGCGCUUGGUCGGCCGGUUUCUUUUUUCCGGGUGCUCGAGAAAAAGAUGAUUUUACUGAACAGUUAAAACCGAAUAUUAUUGAAGUUGUUAGAUGUUGUGCACUUGAAAUUCAAAAACAACAAACACUUGUACUAAGACAAUUAUUAAGUCAAAUAUCGAGAAAAAUAAAUAACAGACUUGAUGAGAAAAUUCAAAAAUUUGUUAGUAUUGAAAAGACUGUUAUUAGUCGAUCUAUUCAACGACAUAUGACAUACAUAACUGAACUCUAUUUGGAUAUUGCUGAAAAACAGUGUAAUUCGACAUACAAAGAGUAUAUUAGAACAGACUUUCAACUGAAUCAUGAUGUAUUUGGUGGACAAUUGUUAUUAAUCGAUAAUCGACAUGUUGAUCUAGUAUUUAAAAAAGUAACAUUAGAUCAAAUAAAUUUAGCUGAAAUUCGAUAUAUUCGACAAUUCGCUCAUCAAAAUAUAGUUCAAUAUUUUGAUAUUAAAAAGCUUUCUUCUGAACCCAAUACUUAUUUUUUGAUUAUGGAACGAAUGGAUUCUGAUCUAGCAACAUAUAUCCGACAGCAAUUAUACAAUAUGAAUGCAACAUCCAUUUCUAAGUUGUUUUUUCAAAUAACAAACGGACUUUUAAAAAAUACAGCACCACCGCGUUACGUCAUCGCUGAUUUUGGUUUAAUUCAACGAACACCUCCGACAUUAAUUGGAACAGAUGGAUAUUUGGCACCAGAGAUCUUCAGUCCUCGUCUAGGACCUAUUACAGAUAAAUCAGAUGUUUAUUCACUGGGCAAUCUCAUUCAAUUUGUUAUUCGAAAAUCACCGCAUCAUCUAAGAAAUAACAGGUUACUUCAAAAAUGGACUGAUAUUUCAAAAAACUGCUUGAAUCGAAAGGCAGUAGCAAGGCCAACAUGUGCAGAAAUCAUUAAAAAUUUUAAUAGAAAUAAUUAG